ACCCUCAGCGAGAUCUACCAGUUCUUGCAGAGCCGCUUCCCCUUCUUCCGCGGCUCCUACCAGGGCUGGAAGAACUCGGUGCGCCACAACCUCUCGCUCAACGAGUGCUUCAUCAAGCUGCCCAAGGGCCUGGGCCGCCCAGGCAAGGGCCACUACUGGACCAUCGACCCUGCCAGCGAGUUCAUGUUCGAGGAGGGCUCCUUCCGACGGCGGCCCCGCGGCUUCAGGAGGAAAUGCCAGGCGCUCAAGCCCAUGUACAGCAUGAUGAACGGGCUCAGCUUCAACCACCUCCCCGAGAGCUACAGCUUCCAGGGCUCGGCCGGCGGCCUGUCC